CUCCCCAUCUCAUAAAAGUAACCAAGUCCCAAAUCAGAAAGCAAACUUUGGAAACAGAAAUAAAAGUCUAGUAUUUCGAACAACAACGUUGGAGAGUGUUGAAGUGAUGGUUUGCUUUUGUUUUCUGGUGGAUCAGAGGAAGAUGGUGAAGCGGAGCAAACCCGUGGCGGGGUCAUGCUCGCGUUGCGGCGGUGGUGCCAGCGUGGCCGACAUGACUACACAAACGAGAUUUUGCUACGUUCCUUUCUAUUGGAGAUCUUGGAAGGCUAUUAUGUGCACUUUUUGUGGAGCUAUUCUCAAGUCUUAUACAUGACAGUUUUCAAAUGAGAUUAACAUACACAAAUUACCAUUCUUACUUAUAGUUGUUCCUUCUCUAGUUAUAUAAAGAGGAUCUUAUUAAUGUGUAUUACACAUAUCUCGAUUUGAGGGUAUACUUGAGUAUAUGCUGUUGUACUGUGGAGUGUGGAGUUGUAAAUAUUGAAGUUUUUUGUUUAAUAUCUAUCCUCAUUUUUUGUGUUCCA